GAUAUUGAGGUAGUUGGUAGCUUGAGGGUGGCCAAGAUGAACUUCGUUCAGCUAGAAAACAAGAAAUUGGACGUGAAUGCCAUUAAUGACCUCGUCGCUCACGAGUCUUGUGGAGCGAUAUCACUCUUCGUUGGAACAACGCGGGACAACUUCGAAGAUAAGAAGGUUAUCUCCCUUGAGUACGAAGCAUUCGAACCGAUGGCUGUAAAGAAAAUGACUGCAAUCUGCGAAGAGCUCCGAGCGAAGUGGCCCGACAUUAAGAACAUUGCGAUCUUCCAUCGCUUGGGGACUGUCCCCGUGAAAGAGGCCAGCGUCGUUAUUGCGGUCAGCUCACCUCAUCGCGAGACCAGCCUCCUCAGCGUGCAACAUGCUAUCGACAUGCUCAAGUCCACAGUCCCCAUCUGGAAAAAAGAACUCUAUGAAGGCAACGAGGCAGCCUGGAAGGAGAACAAAGAGUUAGACACAAAGGAACCCGCGAGAAAAUCAAAACGGCCCAAGUUGAAUUUCGCCGCUUGCUCUAUUGAAAAUGCGCCUCUGCCAAAGAAUCUAGUUCAAAUCACGGCGGAUGAUGCCGAGGUAUCGCGUCGAAUUCACUGUUUCGUCGAGAAAAAACGGGAAGAAAUAGAUUCACAAAAUAUAUCGUGUUUCACAGAAAAGCUUCCAACAGACGACAAGCAGCCAGUGGAUGAGGAAACAUGUGCCCGCGUUAACAGCACUGUCUUUAAACAGAAGGACUCCAAUGGGCACCUGAGAGUUCGACGCGUCCAGAACGAAAUUGGUCCCCAAAUAAAACCAGAUUAUGCCAGCACUUUGAAUAAGCUGAUGGGCAACACGUCGGCAAUUCCUAAAAUCAAACAAGAACCUUUCGAACAGGACCAACAUGAUGUGCCCCACGGACUAGAAGAGCGAAUUGAUAACAUCGAUCAUUUUCUAGGAAUAAAUCCUAAGCCGGCUCCACGCAAUUUAUUUGAACGCGUUAAGAACUUGGAAGACCGCCUGCUAUACUUAGAGUCGAUUUCGCCAGAAUAUUAUCACUUUAUUGGCGAGAAACCAUCUCCGGAUGUUAUUAAGAAGCGGAAGAAGCCAACCUACACAGUAGAAGACCUAGACAAAUUUAUUGAGGAUAUGAAGAAAAGCGUUGUUUGACGCCAAUUUAAAUUGUUGCGAAGAUAAAUUUGUUUAAUUUGAUUAAAUGUUUAAUAAAUAUACAUCGUUUGAUUCUUUGA